AUGGAUAAAUUGUUCAAAGAUAACGCAUCUGGGAGAAAGCUCUCCUUUGGGGUCGAGUUGGAAGUGAAGGAACUGGUCAAUGUCCCCUUGUUCGACAACACGGAGUGUUUCAUGGUGUGCACAGUCACCAACGAGAAGUUGAAGUAUAACUACAAACACAAAAAUAUUCAUUCCAGCUCGUACACCUCCAACCCCGUUUUGGUGAAGGGCCACAGAGUCAAAUUCGGGCAAAAUGGGGAAUAUAAGAACCAAUUCAACAUCCAUGCGUACAGCUCCAAGGAUAGUAUACUAGCCGACAAGUGGCUUUCAAUAUCGUUUCUGACCCGGAUCGAAGGUAACGACCGUACCGACCUGUUGGGAUCUACAUGGGUCAAUUUGAGUGAAUACGUCAAUGAACGUGAUGAAAAGAUCUUCAGAAAGUUGCUAGAUCAAUCAAAGACAAACACAAUAGUCAACAUGUCCUUGAUUCUAAGACAUUUGUCAAACGACGGCGACAAGACUUACCGGGCCAAGUCACAGCUGCCGACACCUAUACCCACGGCCGCCAGAAAACCCCAUCUUAACACGUCGAUCAUUGAGAGCCUAUGUGAAUCGCAAGCUAAUGACCACCCUCCUUCUCCAAGAUCUCCUACUAUGUCGUUCUCCAAAUCCCAUCGCCUAUCAGUCCCCCCACCAAAACCGGUAUCCCCAUCCAAAAAUGACCUGUCCACUUCAGGGUCUUUACUGAAUGGCGUAUUGAAUCACCAACACUCGAUGGCGUUGUCAAGUCCUCGUGAGUUGAGUAAACCAUAUGACAACAACUUACAACAGAUCAUGAACGAAGCGUGUGAAUCAGCUAUUGAAGGUAGUACUUUAUUGGAUGAAUUGAUGAAUAAAAUCUAUCGGUUUACAUGGGAGGCAAAGACAACAUCUUAUGAGGAAUAUACGCCUGCUGAAUGCGUCAUUGAUAUAGUUGAAAGGAACGGAAGUGGUUGGAGAAAGAAUGAAGAAGGCUUGAACUACAUCGAUGUUAUCAAUAACGAGUUUAAAGAGUCUAACCAGAAACAGCAGAAAAUGAUGGCUGGAGAUUAUGAAGAUUUAAAUUUCACAAGUGAUGACGACGACGACGACGACGACAAUGAUAAUGGUGGUGACAGUGACUUGAAAAAGGGAGUUCUAGGUAGAGCCAGCGACUCACUCGAUUCUUACGACCAAUUUUACAGUUAUUAUAAAGACUCGGCAAAACGUAAAAAUAGGACCAUAAGGUUCAAGCCACUGACGGAAGCAGAAGUCAGAGAAGAUUUGCGGAGCUGGCAUAUUAGCGUCAAAGAUUGUUAA